GGCUUACUGAAAUUAGGCUGCAGUUUCAGUGAUGAGUCAGACCUGUCCCCUGCCACCCUGUUAGCUACUUCGGUGAAGGUACAAGUAAGAAGCUGGCGAAACAUAGAGCUGCAGAGGCUGCCAUAAACAUUUUGAAAGCCAAUGCAAGUAUUUGGUGAGCUAAAUUUCUUUGUAUUCUGCAGCUCAAAAAUAUCAUGGCUGAGGUAAGAUUGAAAGUUUGAACACGCUCACAAAAGCAACAAAGUGAACAGUUGUUAGUACCUGGCUCUAAAAUUUUAUUUCCUUAUGAAAACCUGUCAUCCCUUAAAGACAACUUUAUCCUUAAGAAAUUCAAUCCAGCAAUUAACUGUUAAAUGAAAGCUCUCAGGAACUAGGAUUUUUUUCCCCCUCAGUGGGAUGCAACAGUAGAAGACCCCAGUUUUUCUGGCAAAUAUCUUCCUGUGUUAAGAGUGUAAUAAUUUCUACACUACAUAAAAUAAGUUAUGAAGUGGAAAAAGAUCAGUGGAAAAUACUCUUUGGAAGAUUCUAAUUUGGAAGGAGACGAAGAGAUUUCCUUUUAUUAUACAAUGUAUACCAAAAUACAAGAUGUUAAGUGGGAUGUUAAGUCUUGAUGGGAUUUUUUCAAAAUAAGUUGGUUGUCACUUUAGGUGCUUUUGGAGAGUAUUGGUCCUGGAGCAUCUCAUGUAUUCUAGAGUGAUGUCCUUUGGUUUCUAAUGGACACACUGGAGCAUGCUGAGCCUUUAAGUUCUUCUCCUUCCUGCACUCAGUUAUUCCUAAAGUACAGUCUGGUGUACCUGCUCAGAGUUGACAGCAGAGGCCCGGGGGAAUUUAGGAGAGGUUUUUCUCCAGCUUCAAAACUUUUGGUCUAGCACGUACUUAGGUUCUCAUGCAGUGCUCCUCCCCUUUCUAAGCCCUUCCAAACCAUUCGAGUAGUUUAGAAUGAAGCAUUGACAAGCUUUGACUCUCACAAAAUGGUGCUUGAUUCCCUGGGAUCCUAUGUUAUAGCUGAUUUAUGCUGGCUUUGUAGACAUGCCAGAAGACAUGGCAGGUAUUGGAUUCUCCCCUCGCCGGUGGUGACCAGGCUAUUUCUGUGCAGCCCAAAGGUCAACCCAAAGUGUGGAGUGUAUUUGUAGAAAUGAACAUACAGAGUGUCCUUUCUGCACAUGGGCACUUCACUUUGUCAGCAAAAAAGGCUAACAGACUUUACUAUAUAUUUGUGCUUCUUGACAGAUAAGAUGGGAAUUACUAAGCUGUAAUCAGGUCUAAAGUGGCCUCAUUUAAUACAGAGACUUUCUCACUUCUCCAUCACAAUUAUUUGGGUAGCUUCGGCGUGCAUCAUUGUAAGUGAAUAUUCCUAUCUCAUCAGCCUCCAUAAAGCUUGACAUUCUGGCAGGUGGAAAAGCAACCUGAAGAAGUGGCAAUAACUGAACCUCUUUGGUCAUGGAAGAAAUGAAUCUUCAGUCGCCUAGGUGGUAGUAACCUUGAACGUAGCUUUACUCAGUGCUAGACACUCAUCGCCUAACUAACUAGUAAUUUCAAACUAGUUAGGAGACAUUAUUCUCUUUUUCCCUAAUCAUAGUCACCAUAUUGCCAGAACCAGAUUCAUGCAGGCCAUACAUAUAAAUCUUAGGAGGAUUAUUCUAGCUUAGAACAGAUGAUAGAUCAGACAGAUUUGUCUUCCAUAGUUAUUUGAGUGAAAAAACAACUUUAUAAUCUGUAUCAUUCCCAUUACCAGGCUAAAUUUCCCAAUUAUUAGGCUUCCCUUUUUGUGUCAUUGUAAUAGUAGUAUGCUUUAUUUAAAUACAUUUUUAUUGAGCACCUAUUAUAUGCACAGUCCUGUAAGGCUUACGGAGGUAAGUAAUACAUAGGCUCUGUCAUCAAGGAUUUUACAUCUGAACGCAGGAGUGGUGUGGUGAGGGAUGGACAAAUUACAUGUAUUUGCAAGAGUAUAUAACUUAUGGUAAAAUAAUUUGCGUAAGAAAGGGUCAACCUAAACGGUAAUAAUGGUUCAAAGGAGGGAGAAAUUAUGUUACAUUAGCGUAAUAGGAUAGGUUUCUUAGAGAAAGUGGCAUAUGAGCUAGACCGUGGACAGGGGAUAGGUCACAUUCUCAUAGAGGAGGUGGGGUAGAAGGCUAUUCUGUGGAGAACAGCAGAGGCAUAGAGGAUUAAAUAAGAAAUGCUUGUCAUUUAUUUAAUAGUGUGGGGGAAAUUAUUUUGUUUUAUAACAUUUUAAAAAAAUGUUUAGCUUUGCAGUUCCUGACCCCUUAAUGCCUGACCCUUCUAAGCAACCAAAGAACCAGCUUAACCCUAUUGGUUCAUUACAGGAGUUGGCUAUUCAUCAUGGCUGGAGACUUCCUGAGUAUACCCUUUCCCAAGAGGGAGGACCUGCGCAUAAGAGAGAAUAUACCACAAUUUGUAGGCUAGAGUCAUUUAUGGAAACUGGAAAGGGGGCAUCAAAAAAACAAGCCAAGAGAAAUGCUGCUGAGAAAUUCCUUGCCAAAUUCAGUAAUAUUUCUCCAGAGAACCACAUUUCUUUAACAAAUGUAGUAGGACAUUCUUUAGGAUGUACUUGGCAUUCCUUGAGGAAUUCUCCUGGUGAAAAGAUCAACUUACUGAAAAGGAGCCUCCUCAGUAUUCCAAAUACAGAUUACAUCCAGCUGCUUAGUGAAAUCGCCAAGGAACAAGGUUUUAAUAUAACAUAUUUGGAUAUAGAAGAACUGAGCGCCAAUGGCCAGUAUCAGUGUCUGGCCGAACUCUCCACCAGUCCCAUCACAGUCUGUCACGGCUCCGGGAUCUCCUGCGGCAAUGCACAGAGUGAGGCAGCUCACAACGCUCUGCAGUAUCUAAAGAUAAUAGCAGAAAGAAAGUGAGCCCGAAGCAACCCCAAAAGCCCUCGGUAGCACAUAAGAAAUCCCCCUUCAGCCCUUUCCGAGUAAAACAUUUACUACACUUGAGUUUGUGUGGUGUUUCUAAAUUUCUUCAUAGCUUCCAUCAACACUCCAGGUUUAAUGAUCUCCUAGUAGUUAUUAAGCUCUUUUUAAUGGCUUCAACUUUGUAUUGGUAUACUGUAUUUAUAAACUUUGUACCAUAAGCAGAGUGUAGCACCCAGGUUACAAUGCCAUGUACAUACAGGGAAGAAACUGCAUGUUCGUCACUGAUGAUGAAGAUGAAGAUGUCAAAGAAACAACACUGCUAGCAACAGUCGUUCUUACUGGUGCUUAACCUCUUUGCGCAAGGCUUUGUACAGGGAAUUCGAAGGAAGCCCCUUAGAGUUGGGAGGAACACGCUAACAAGCGUUUAUUGAAUGUGAUUAUUGAAUUUCAGGGAACAUGAUUGGUCUGCUGUGCAUUUGAAUCCAUGUAAUAAAGAGCUGUUGUUGUAACAG